AUGCAACGGAGAUGGGAAAAGAUAAAGCAAAAAGUUACACUUGGAAUUAAUGCUGUCCAAGAAAAAGUUGGACCAUCCUCAAUUCAAGAAGAUGAAUCAUACUUAAACUUGAUAAAUCAAAUAAAUGAUGCAGGUGAAAAACUCAAUGAAAUUCAAAAAUGCGUUUCCGAGUUUACAAAAUCUAUUGAGGGUUAUUCAAAUGCUCAGUACGGCAUCUCUUUUCGAAUUUCUAAACUGUUCAAAAGUGGAGAUAAAGACUAUGAAAGUUCACAAGCUACAUAUAAAGCCCAAGAGUCCCUUUAUUUGAACGGAAAGAGUUUAUCUGAAUCAUUUGCAGAAUUACUAAAUGACCAACUCGUCAAAGAAAUUGUUCCUCUUCAAGAGCAGCUUCAAAAAAUAAAUGACAUUGCUGAUCAAAGGAGAAAAGAUCAUAUAUUACUUGCAAAUUCUCAAAAGGAUCUAGAAAAGGCAAAGGCGAAAGGAAAAAUCAAACGUCUGAGCCGUUUACAAGAAAUAGUUGCAACUCAUCAAGCGAAGUAUACAAAAAGUGAUAAUGACUUCAAGCAAGCAGCAAACGAGUAUCUCUCGGCAGCUCCUUCUAAAUACACAGCAAUUUUCGAAGCUUUCCAAACUUAUGUUGCCGAAUUCUAUGAAGAAGGACGAAAACAAGCACUUGAGAGUAUUCCUAACUUCAAAUAUGAUGAAAUUAAGGCACAAAGACCCUCAAUUACUAUUGUUCCUCAAGUUCCAAAUGAAGAAGAAGAAGAAAAGAAAGAGUGA